CCAAACUCCGUUCCCCACUUUUUUGGAGGUCCGUUCGGCUCUCUUGCUCGUUGAACAACAACAAAACGACGCCACCCACGGUGCCGGCUUGUCGACGGCCCUCCUCAGCACCGGAAGUAGCGGCGGGAAUCCUGCAGGGGGCGGGCAGCAGCGGCAGAAUGGCCCUGGUCGUGGCUACGACAGUUCCCCUCGGAGUUUUAACGGCGGCAACCGAGGACGAGGACGUGGCCGCAGUCGUGGUGGCUCGAAUCAACGGAAACCCACCGGAUCUCAAGCCUGGCAGUUCCCCAACCCCACACCAGACUCAGUUCAUCUACGACAUCCUUGAGCGCGCCGGUAUGGUUUCGUGCAAACCUGCAUCAACCCCAGUUGACACUCGUGGGAAACGUUCGGCCUCAGCAGGUCCUCCAGCACCAGAUCCUACCUUGUACCAGUCCAUUGUAGGGGCAUUACAGUACCUUACCUUCACCCGUCCUGACAUCACAUAUGCCGUCCAGCAGCUGUGUCUCUUUCUUCAUGAUCCACGCCUCCCGCAUGUCACAGCAAUGAAACGGUAUGCAGAUAUCUUUACAAAGGGUCUCCCAACCAUGAUCUUCACAGAGUUUCGUGAUAGCCUGGGAAUCCGAAAGUCACUACCAGUGCCGUUGGGAGCAUGUUAAAUACUCCCUCCGUCCCACUGUCUUUGUCCACUUUUGACUUUUGGAACUGUUCAUCUAAGGACUUUGACUCAUCAAAUUCUCUCAAUGUGUAAGUCUAAAUAUAGUCAUGUGUGAUCUUGUUUGAUUUGUCUUAACAUAUAGAUUAUUAAUAUAUAAUUUCUAUAAUUUUUUAAUAUACAAAUUACAAGAUAAAAUGGAUUAAAGAAGUGCAUUGGAU